AUGAUUAGUGUUAAUUUAAGAGUGGUAAUUCAACUAACCUAUUUUAUAAUGGUGCUAACAAUAAAAUUAAUUAAUCAUAAUACAGAAUACUUUUAAGUUAUUUUUAGUAUAGUAUUAACAUUAAUGCUUAUACCAUUUAAUAGAUAUAUAAAUAAAUGCGUUGAAUAACAAUAAUUAGUAUGUAAAUCAUUAUGGUAAGUUUUAAAUCUCUUUUGUUUAGGGAGUGUUGAUUUUGGAUUGAAAAAUGAUGGAUUAUUAAGCAGAUUUUAAUAUUUUUGGUUAGGAUUAACAAUAUAAUAAGAGAUAGAUACAACAAUAUCAAAUUAAGUAAAAAGAGUUGGAUCUUUAUUAGUUGUAAUAGCAUCAGCAAAUUUAACUACAAUUUAUUUAUUGAUAGAUUCAUCUUAACUAGGAAUAAUAUUUGGUGAAGCUCUUUAUGGUUUAUUAUUGUUAUAUUAAUUUAUUGAAGUGACAAAUACAUCUAGAUAAAAAUCACCUUAAAAGUAAUCAAGUCGACGUAGUUUAACUGAGAAAAUAGAAAGUCCUUAGUAAUAAAUAUUAGAUGAAGAUUCAAAUUAAAUUAAAUUUAUGUCAUUAAAUUAAGGAGUAAUAAAGAAUCCAUCAAUUUAUUCAAGAGAUCCAUCAGUUUUGGAAUAAAUAGAAUAAUAAAAAACAUUUUAUGAAAUUUUAUUCAAUUAAUUUCCUGAAGGAAUAAUAAUAAUUAAUGAUUAAAAUAAGAUUGAUUAUCAUAAUAAUUAAGUAUAUACAUUAUUAGGAAGAAAACAUAAUUAAAAUAAAUAAGAUUAAAUAUUAUCUAGGUUGUAUGAAUUAAAGAAUUAUAGUUCUAAAUUUUAAUUUGAAGAAUAAACAUAAUUUGAUUAAUUUUUUUCAAUGUUAGAUAAAAAGUAAAAGUAAAGUUAACAUGAAUAUUACUAACCUUUUUAUUAAUAAUUUGAUUAAUAAAUAAAUGAUGAUAAUUCUAAAGAUAGUAUAUUUAAUAAUAAUUUUGAUGAUAAUUAGACUGAUUAUUAUUAUUAAGCUGAACUUAGCAAAGCUGAAACUCUAAAAUAAGAAUUAGAAAAGGCUUUACAAGAAAAAGUUUAAGAUAAAAAUGGAUUACCUUCUCCAUAUUAAAGAUAAUUAUCUUGUCAUUCAUAAAGAACAUAUAAAGGAUAAGAUAAAAUAAGAUUUUUUCCUGAAGUCAAAAAAAUGUUAUGUAUGAUAGAAGAAUCUACAGAAGAAUAAAAUAAUGAAUUAUAAGAAGAUAAAUCAUAAGAUGAUUGUAAUCCUGGCUUAUUAAUUUAGAUAACAAUUAAACCUUAUAUAUAUGAAAAUAAGAGAAGUGUUUUAUUAAUGAUAAGAGAUGUUUCUUUAUUUAAUUAAUUUAAAGUUUUAUAAUAACAAAAUAAAAAUAAAUCAAGAAUGUUAUCUUAUGUUUCUCAUGAAUUACGUAAUCCAUUAGGAGCAAUAAUUGAAAUAAAUUAAUAAAUGAAAAUUUAUUUUUAAAAAGAUAAGAAUUUGAUAGAAAAGUAAUAAAUUUUAAUUAUUUUAGAUAUUUAUAACCAUUAUAGAGUUCUGCAGUAUCAAUAUAAGGAUUGGCAAAUGAUUUAUUAGAUUUAGCAUAAUUAAAAGCUGGAAAGUUUAAGUUAACUUAUUAAGAAUUUUCAAUAAAUAAAUUAUUGAAUGAUGUUAUAUCAAUAAUGUAAUAUCCUGUAAGUUUAAGGAAUUUAAAAUUAGAUUUAUAAGUUGAUAAUAAGAUUCCUCAAAUGAUUAAAUCUGAUUCAUAAAGAAUAUAACAGAUAAUAUUUAAUCUUAUUAGUAAUGCUACAAAAUUUACUAAGAUAGGUGGAAUAACAGUUACAGCUAAAUUAUUAUAACCUAAAUUAAUAGAAAUUGCAGUUGAAGAUACUGGAGUUGGAUUAAAACCAGAAGAUAAAAAUAAAUUAUUUUAACCAUUUGGAAAAUUAGAAGAUACUAAAAAUAUGAAUACUUCAGGAGUAGGAUUAGGAUUAAUGAUAAGUAAUGUUCUAGCUUAAAAAUUAAGUGGAAAUGAUGAAGGAUUAUAAGUUGAUUCUAAAGGAUUAGAUAAAGGAACUAGAUUUUUAUUUAAAAUAUAAGAUGUUAAUGAAACUUAAGUUUCUACUUUAUAAGAAUCUAAAGGUUUAAGUAAAAAAGAUAUUAAUUCUAAUAAUUAAAUAAAUUAAAAAAGAUUUGAAGAUUAAUUAAUUUAACAAUCAAAAAAUUGUAAAUGUCCUGAUAUUAUUAUUACUGAUGAUGAACCAUUCAAUUUAUAAACUUUAGGAUGGAAAUUAGAUAGAAUGAAAUAUACUUAUUUAAAAGCUAACAAUGGUUAAGAAUGCAUUGAAAUUCUAUAAAAUUGGUAAAAUAAUAAAGAUUAUUGUUGCAAUUGGAUUAAUGUUAUCAUUAUUGAUAUUAAUAUGCCUUAUUUAAAUGGCUAUCAGACUUCUAAAUUAGUUAGAUAAAUGGAAAUUGAAAAAUAAGUGAAAAGAUCUAAAAUUAUAGGAUGUAGUGGAUUUACAGAUAAUGAAAGUAAAAAAAUAGGAUUAGAAAGUGGAAUGGAUUUAUUUAUUUCAAAGCCAAUUGAUGAUAAGGAAUUAUUAACUGCCCUAUCAUAAACUUAAUGA